UUACAACUUCCGGUUGUUAAAAAAGAGUCAAAGCUUAGUAAGCAGAAUAAAAACAUUAAAGAAAAUGGAUAUGACAGCUGAAUCCAAUACUGAAAUCAUUGAACUUUUGAAUAGAGACUUUGAAAAAUGGCAAGAGAAGGAUAAUUCAGACCUGAUUUACUUACUAGAGAACAACACUGAUCAAAAUGGCUGUGUUGUAUUAGUGCUGCUACUUGCAAGUGAACAUGAAUUCAAACUCCAUGUACCAACAAAUUACCCACAUGGUGAGACAGCCUUUUAUGUUGAGGCUGAUUCUCUUAUAAGCACAUGGAGCAAAAGUCUAAAUGAGAUUUUAAAAGAAGCCACACAGCCCCUUUCAUUAGAAGAUGUUCUCAACAAAGCUGUUUCUUUAUACACUCACCAGAAAUCCCAGAAAAGUCCUUCAACCUCGGAGGAGGAGCUGAGUGAUGAGGAGAUGGAGCUCAUGUUUGAGGAGGAGGAAGAGGAUGAGGGGGAGGAGCAAGAGACAAUCAUAUUAGCUGAUGAUGAUGCAUUUACAACAGAAUGGGAAUUGAAAGUUGCUCGCAAAAAGAAACGAUGGGCACAGAAGGAAGCCCAAUUAAGGGAAUCCUUAAAAAUGACAAGUGAUCCACACCCCCUUGGAGCAGUUGCGGCCACCCCUUCCGUCACCCCUGUGUUUACCAGUUCUGGAGCGGCAGGAAUUCUCACUAAUGACCUUGUCAGAAUCAUGGAAAAUGAAAAGCAAAUUGGAUUCACAGCUGAACCUAUAGAUGACAACAUAUAUCACUGGCAGGUCAAGAUAUUUAACUUUGACCCAGAAAGUGAGCUGAGUCAAGAUUUGAGUGUUAUUGAGAAGAACUUUGGCUAUAACUACAUUGAACUUGAAAUGAUGUUCCAGAUUGAUCUUUAUCCAUUUUAUCCACCACUUGUAAAAGUUAUGAGACCAAGACUACAGGGCUUUAUGAUGCAAAGAGUGACCAAUAUGGAGCUGUUAAAACUGUCCUACUGGUCCCCAACUAAAGACAUGCAGAGCGUUAUAUUGGAGAUCAAGUCUUUCUUACAACAGUGGGCAAGGCUGGAGGUAGAAAGUGAGAGAAAUGAUGUACAGAAAUAUCCUCAUGGAGCAUACCUAGAGAUGGAGCAUCACCUGCUUACUCUAGCUUUGGUCAGUGAAGUGGUUCCUCGAGUGAAUUUGAGAUUCCAGAUGGAUGUGGACAAAAUGGCAGCCAUCAAGUCUCUACCUACACCAAGUAAGUCAAGACAGGAAUUCAGUAGAGAGUACUGGGCUAGAGGUACAGGAUAUGGACAUCACAACAGACCAGAGUGGGAUAUAAAUGCAUAUCUUGCUGCUCAGAAGGAAAAGGACAAUAAGAUUGAGAGUGUACUUCACCAAAUCCUGGAAGAGUUAAAAUUGUUGUACUCCCAGCAUGCACCACAGCUGAAGCCUCGCCCCCGAGACAGUUUGAAAGACCCAGGGAUCCAAGACACAGGACAAGGAGUGGAUCCAGUUUAUGAUAUGUACACUGUCUUAGAAGGAUCCGCCCUUAUACCAUUCAUUGAGCAAUAUCUAAUGGCAGAUUCAUUCUUGGAGAUUUGCAGGCAUUCAGAGGUGUAUAAAGUUAUAGUUGAUAUCGUUAAAGAAUUAGCCCGUCAGAGACAGUUUCUGCCUUUGUUGUGUGCAUUACCCAAUCAGGAGAUGUCUGUAUACCAGCUGUUAUCUCAGCUCGAGCAGCGCGCCUCCAUCAUGCUGCGACACCUGAACAAAGCCGGGAACGGAAGCGUACCCAAGGCACAGCCUCCCAAACCCCCAGAGAACGAGACUACCACAAGCUCUUUCAAUUUGUUUCCCAAAUGUUUCACCAGAUGUCGAAGUUCACCGAGCACGCUCAGUUCCCCUCCAUCUUCAGAGUCAGAAAUGGCUGAAGAAAAAUUGGCUAGAGAAUUUGCAGUUCUCUUUAAUCUGGUAAAAGGUAUGCUGGAACUGGAUGGAUUAUUAUCUAACAGCUCCACGACAUCUAGUCAAUCAUCACUAGAGAGUGACAAAAAUUCCCCUAAACAAGAGGAGGUUUCAACUGAACAGCAGGCACAAGUCACUGAAGUACAAUAUAAACGAGCAUUGCAGCCUUUACAGUUGGCAACAGCAUCAUUUUCUUUGGAGGGUACAGGCUGUCACAACUAUGCAUCAGAUUUCAAGCACACACAAAAUGUCUUACAGAAACAGGUGUUACGGAUUGCCCAAGAGUUAUCUUCUCUUUCCACCUCUCUUCCCUUGGAAUUAUCUUCUAGUAUAUUUGUCAGAACUGAUGAUGACAAAUUAACUUUGAUGAAAGCAUUAAUUACAGGACCUGAAGGAACACCGUAUUCCGGAGGUUGUUUUAUAUUUGACAUUCACUUCCCACACAUGUAUCCUCAAAUCCCACCCCACGUCAACCUACAGACCACAGGAGGGGGCAAAGUUCGAUUCAAUCCCAACUUGUAUGCGUGUGGUAAAGUUUGUCUGUCCUUACUGGGUACCUGGGAGGGACAGAAGGGGGAGCAGUGGAAUGAAAAGACCUCCACUCUGUUACAGGUGCUUGUCUCCAUCCAGUUUAUGUCCCUGACCACGAAAUACAAUUUUUCACAUAUAUUCCCUGACCCGUAUUUCAAUGAGCCUGGAUUUGAGCAGGAGAUUGGAACUGAUGCUGGGAGGAAGCACAGUGAUGAUUAUAACGAAGAUGUGUGUUACAAUAAUAUCAAGUAUGCAAUGAUCAGCCAACUUCAGUAUCCACCACCAGAAUUUGCAGAUGUCAUAAAAAAUCAUUUCUUCUGGAAAAAACAUAGGAUUCUUGAGGAAGUGGAUGGCUGGGUAAAGAAACAUGGUAAUAAGAGAUUAGAGAGAAUGGCACAAAACCUCAAACAGGAACUUAAAAAACUGCAUCAACCUCCUCCCAGUCCUGUACAAUUUCAGUUGAAUCAGAAACAAUACAGCAUUGGAGACUUUGUACUGAUUGCUAGCAGCAAUGAUGACUUCCAAGAAGAUCCUUUAGAAUCAGCAUAUGUUGCCAAACUUGAAGACCUGUAUUCUGAUGGUGAACAGAAUGUUGCAGAGGUACAGUGGUAUUGGACACAAGACGAGAUGACAGAAUCCAUGUUAAAAAGGUGUAAAAAGAAAUAUGGCAGAAUACAGUCCAAUGAAGUAUUCCUAAAUGUCAGCAGAAAUGUUCAAAGAGAAAUAGACCCUGAAACUGUUUUAUGCAAGUGCAAAGUACUUCAGGGUGAUUUAGAAGAAAAGCAGUCCAAAAAUAUGUUAAAAACUUAUGUGUUUAAUAAGACAUUUGAUGGGACAAAAUUUCAAGAACUGGAAGAUGUCAAAAACAAAACUCCAAGAAAAGAGCUAACACAGAAAAACUCAAAGGAGUACAAAGAAAAUGAAGAUGUGAGACCCAAAACAAGGAGAUCUUUUGGAGGGCUUCCAGCUCGGCAACUACAGGAAAGAAGUAGUAUGUUGAAUGUCAUUCCAGUCAGUAAUGACAACAAGGUGGACUCGGAUGUUCUGACCUCUUUGGUGCCAAAAGUGAAGAAGCUGCCAGAUAGAAGAAAGUCGACUGGUCAGUUUUUGGGACGGAGAAUAGAAGCACAGGAUGUAGCCUCUAUGUUAAUGGAUGAUGACAGUGAUGCCAUAUCUCUAAUAUCAACCACAUCCUCUGAUGUCUCCAGUGUUCCGAGCAAUAAAUCCAUGCCCUUAAAAUCGAUACUCACCCCCCAGAAGAAACCGGAACUGGCUCAUUUAAGCCGGACAGAACCUCGACACCUGAACCGAAGAGUUUCUUUCUCGGCACAUGACACUAAAUCCCAACCAAAGUCUGCCACUAAGGCUCAGAAGAAAGUUCAGAAGGUGGUAAUUAAGAGGAUCUCAGAUAACAUGUACCAGUCCCACAGGAACAAGACCCCGGAGAGCACGGACAGGCCGGCCAGAAAAAGGCUGACUCAACAGUUUGAUUCCUCACGACCAGAAACACCAGCUUCUCGAAAUCUGAGAAAAAGAAGCAAGGCUAUUUCUUACGACGAGAAUGCAGACUUUUCACCUGUAGGUAAAAACGAGGUCUUCCUGCCGUCAGACAGUGACACAGAUAGUGAUCUGUCCGACUUUAGUGGCCCGACAAGAAAGAAAACUUCCAGAACAAGCAGGACCAACACCCCCACCAGGACAACCACACCCAGGGCCAAAAAACAAAGGAAAGGCAGUAGUUGUGCUACUCCAAAGAUCCCUGAGAGAUGUGAACCGUUAAUGUCCCCCUCCAAUGUUCUAGAAGAGGCAAGAUCCAGGUUACAUGUAUCAGCAGUUCCAGAUUCUCUUCCAUGUAGAGAGACAGAGUUUCAGGAUAUUUAUAACUUUGUGGAGAGUAAAAUCUUAGAUGGAACUGGAGGGUGUAUGUACAUAUCUGGAGUCCCUGGAACAGGUAAGACUGCCACGGUACAUGAAGUGGUGCGGGCCCUCCAUCAGGCGACAGAACAGGAGGAACUACCGGGCUUCAAGUAUAUAGACGUCAAUGGAAUGAAAUUAACAGAACCCCGUCAGGCUUAUGUACAAAUCUUACAGCAACUGACCAAUCAGAAAGCUACCCCUGACCAUGCUGCUGAUUUACUGAAUAAGAAAUUCACCACACCAGGACCUCGUAAAGAAACUAUUGUCAUGUUGGCUGAUGAGCUAGACCUUUUGUGGACGAGGAAACAGGAUGUGAUGUAUAAUAUCUUCGAUUGGCCUUCACACCGUCAUGCUCGCCUGGUAGUUUUAGCUGUUGCUAACACUAUGGAUUUACCAGAACGUAUAAUGAUGAAAAGAGUCUCAAGUAGAUUAGGGCUAACAAGAAUGACAUUCCAGCCGUACACCUUCAAACAGCUCCAGGAGAUAGUGAUCUCUAGAAUGAAGGGACUGAAGGCCUUUGAGGAGGAUGCCAUUCAGUUGGCGGCCAGAAAAGUGGCAGCAGUGUCGGGGGAUGCCAGGCGAGCCCUGGACAUUUGUCGCAGAGCUACAGAAAUCACAGAGAGUCUGUCCCCGUCCAAGACCAAACUAUCUCUGGUCGGAAUGACGCAUGUGAAUGCAGCCCUGCAAGAAAUGUUUUCUUCUCCAAAAGUUGUAGCCAUGAGGACAGCAUCAGACCAGGAAAAGAUAUUUCUGCGAGCCGUGGUGGCAGAAUUCCAAAGGUGUGGACUGGAGGAAGCCGAGUUCUGUAGAAUAUAUACCCAGCAUGCAGCAUUGUGUAGGAUUGAUGGGCUUAAGCCUCCAUCAACCACAGAACUGGCCAGGAUAUGUGCACGGUUAGGGAGUGUCCGUCUUCUGUUGGUGGAACAUGGACGUAACGACCUUCAGAUGAGAGUGAGGCUAAACGUUAGUCAGGAUGAUGUUCUGUAUGCACUCAAAGAGAAAAGUGGAGUUUGAUGACGGCAUUUACAUGUAGCAUUUAUUUAGUGUGAUAAUUCAGAUAUUGGUACUAAAAGGAGCUGAGGAAAAUUCUUCAUAAAAAUAGUCAUUCCACCUAUCAGCUGUGUUCAGAGGCAUUACUAAAAACUAACAUAUGUUUCAAAUCUAUGGCAGUAUAACUGUAGUAUUUAAAGAAUUGCUCAAGGACAAGACAGAUAUAUUUAUUUAGUUUCAACCUUUUAUUUUAAAGUAUAAAAUACAUUAUUUUUUGAAAAUGGG